CCCUUUUUGUCUGAGUUGGUACGGUCUGUUGCCGCUGUGUUCGCUCGUCUUCCUGAAAGAGCCCUGUACUGGAGCCACAGAUGUCGCUGCGAGGACACCAAAACUAGAAAGGAUUUCUUGAAGAUCUCGUCAGUCCACUCCCACAUGGCAGCGAGCCUCUUCUGCACACACGAUUAAACUACAUCCAAUAAUCUACAGGUUUUAGAUGCAGCUUGAUUUCAGUGUUCUCAAAUGGCUUGCUGUCUGAAGGACGAGCUCCUCUGUUCCAUUUGCCUGAGCAUCUACCAGGACCCUGUUAGCUUUGGCUGUGAGCACUACUUCUGCAGAAAGUGCAUCACCGAGCAUUGGAGCAGACAGGAGCCGCACGGACCAAGGGACUGCCCAGAGUGUCGCCGCACCUUUGCCGACCCUCUCCUUUCUCCCAGCCUCAAGUUAUCCAACAUCGUAGAGAGGUAUUCGGCUUUCCCCCUAGACGCCAUUCUCAACGCCCAACGGAGCUCCUACCCCUGUAAAGACCACGAGAAAGUCAAGCUCUUCUGUCUGACAGACAAAAGUCUGGUGUGUUUCUUCUGUGACGAGCCGGCGCUUCACGAACAGCACCAGGUGACCACCAUCGACGAAGCCUACGAGGAGAUACAGAGGGAGAUGAAGGAGCAGCUGGCCUCUCUUCAGGACAGUGAGAAGGGCCACACCGAAGCCCUGCAGCUCCUCCAGAGACAGCUCACCGAGACCAAGUCUUCGGCCAAGAGCCUGCGUGCCACCAUUGGAGAUGCGUUUGAGCGCUUGCACCGGUUCCUUCGUGAGCGUCAGAAGAGCAUGCUGGAGGAGCUGGAGAUGGACACCGCCCGUAAACUGGCCGAUAUUGAACAUAAAAUCCAACGCUACAGCCAACAGCUCCGGGACGUCAAAGAGGGAAUACAGAUCCUACAGGAGAGACUCAACGAGACUGGGAGACAUGAGUUUUUAGAGGGGGUCGCAGUCACUUCAGAGAGGAUCAAGGGAAAGAUACAUGAGACCAAUCUGACGUAUGAGGACUUCCCGACAUCCAAAUACAUGGGGCCCUUACAGUACACUAUAUGGAAAUCUCUGUUUCAAGAUGUAUCACCAGUGCCGGCCGCAUUGACCCUUGACCCCAUCACGGCUCACCAAAGACUGAUUCUGUCGGACGACUGCACCAUCGUGGCCUACGGGAACCUGCACCCUCAGCCUCUGCAGGACUCCCCCCGACGCUUCGAUGUGGAGGUGUCUGUCCUGGGAGCGGAGGGCUUUAACUCGGGCGUGCACUACUGGGAGGUCAUGGUGUCCGAGAAGACCCAGUGGAUGAUAGGCGUGGCUAACGAAAUGGUCAGCCGCAAAGGGAGCAUUCAAAUCCAGCCGAGCAGAGGGUUUUACUGUAUCGUGAUGCAUGAUGGGAACCAGUACAGCGCCUGCACAGAGCCAUGGACACGGCUCAAUGUGAAGUCCAAGCUAGAGAAAGUCGGAGUCUACCUGGACUAUCCAAAGGGACUACUCAUCUUCUACAACGCCGAUGAUAUGUCCUGGCUUUACACCUACCGAGAGAAAUUCCCAGCUAAAGUCUUCCCCUACUUUAGCCCCGGCCAGAGCCACGCCAAUGGAAAAAACGUACAGCCUCUACGAAUCAAUACAGUUCGUCUUUAAUCGUGAAACAAACUGGUAAUAUAUAGAGGUAGUCCUGAGAAUUCACAGGACGAAUCAAAAUGUGUAAUUGGGUGUUCCUUUUGAUUUUGGUGUUCAAAGUUGUGCGUCAUGUUGCUAUUCGAUCCUGUGCUCUUGUUUUGUUUGUGAUUUAAAUCAGAUGGACUUAAAUGGCCUGGAAACUUAAUUAAUUUAUUCUGAAGCUGCAAACAAAAAUACACAAAAGGUGGACAGGCCUUUCCCUCUGGAGUCAUGUUGUGCUGAUGUGAUAAGAACGAUGGUAAUGGCUUUGGCUGUUAAUUUAAUUUUGUUGCAUAAUUAGUAUUAUUAAUAUUGAAAAAAGUGAAUCAGUUCAAACAUGUCUGAUUAGUAGAUGAUAAGGAGUACUACCAGGAUCAGUUGGUACUACAAUAGGUUCAUUUAUAAUUUCUUAAUAUAUAUUGUCAUGCGUCAGUUCCUCAAAUUUAAAUGCAAUAUAAUUUACAUUGAAUUAAAAUUGUGCAGUGUAACAUUUCUGGUAAAGGUUAUUACUUUGCCUAGAAUGUUCCACAGAAUUUGUAUUAUUUUAUUUAAUUAUAGCUGUUUUAUUGCUCAAAAUACAUGAAAAUCAUGAAGUCUAGCUGGCAGCUCUCCACAGAUCUGGCCUGUCCUGGUGCCACCUGCUUAUUUCCCAUAAAGAUAAAUACGUUUAGAGUAAUACUGUGAAUCAUUCCAGGCUAAGCAAUAACAUCUCCAAUGAGACAAGGAACUGGUGGACCCGCCCCCAAAAAGGACGCAUUGAUAGUGCACCUUGGAGGAAAAAAGUAAUUGUAAAGAUAAAUGGAAACUAUGUCUUCAGCACUCACCAAACUAAACCCAUUCUGAACCUACAUAUUGUUUUCUCCAGUAGGAAUGACUCCAUAAGUCUGGGAAGUGUUGAAACCCAGUCUUGCACAGUUCCAGAGGUAUCACCACUCCCUUUUUCCGAUCUUCCCAAAUUUCUUAUCUGACUCGGACAAUGCGAUCUCCGGCCCCCUCUCUGUGCUGUACAGUCGCCUUAUCUGUUUGUGGAAUGUGAUGGCUCUCAACUCCUUUUGGUGGACUCCCUAACAAAAAAAAAAAGAACAGGCCUGGAUCUAUCUGCACUUUUUACCCAGAUUAAGAUGUCAAGUCAGUUCCCUCCUUUACAAAACAUCCAACAGCUUUUCCAUGUCACCUAUAGACGACGUAAUAUAAGGACUAUAGUAUAUUCUCAUUUCUGUCCACUGCCGGUUUAAUUGGAGGUAAAGAAUGUGUCGAAAUGCUGCUAGAGGAGGUGAUGGGACCUGCAUGUUUGUACAUAUGAGUGUGUAGGAGGAAGAGGUCGAGUUAUGUUGGGUUAUGGUCAUGUUUCUGCUAAUUAAUUCUGAGUGUACAUAAUGUUUUAGUUAAAGGUUUUAUUUCCAUUACAUAGCCACAUGAGAUGCAAUACAAAUUUGAGCCCUGGCUACAUGUAUAUACGGGUUAUUGUGCAACUAGUUCUUACAGGUGUACUAGAAUGUUCCACAGUAUGGUAUUAAAUUAAUCAAACUUCUUGUGCAAAUUGUCAAUUGGUAGUAGAAAGUAGAAAUGCUUUCUUCAAACGAAUCAUGUAUUGUUUUAUACAUAUUUUUUUUAAAUCCCUACUACUAAAUCCCUCCUUACAGGCAGGACUAGAAGCACUCCGCUGCCACAAAAGUACUUCAUACAGUGAUCCAUGUACAUGUAGCUGGGUCAUGUUAGCCAGAUAUUUCUGCAUAUAAAUAGUGCUAAUGAAUGUUCUUGUGAUCAAGUUUUUAUUUUGUUAAAUCAAAUUGAUUUUCGGGGUAAAUGGCAAUAAUUAAAGUUGCACAAUGUAACAUUUCUGGUUGAGGGAUAUGCCACUUACUUAAUGACUGUCUCCAUGGAAGUGUCAUUGCUUUGCCUGACAUUAACUUGUCUAUCGUGCAUUUAUUGAAUAAAAAAAAAAAAAGCGCAUUCUUACCAUGGGAAGGGUUGCCUCUCCACAGAUCUGACUGGUUAGCUGUCACUUCCUGCUCGUCCCUCUGGAGAUUAGAUUAAUGGCAUGUUUUGGAACAUUCCAAACACAACAGUAACAGCUCCAUGGAGGCAAGCACAUGCACGACCCUUCCCCAGAAAAGUUGCAUAGUGCAGCUUUAAGUCAAAUGUAGUUGGAUUUACAUCAUGUUCGUGCUUUUUACUUUAUAUCUUUCACAUUCCUCCAGUGUUGUAAAAGAAACCACUAAUCAUUCCAGCUCAAUCGUAGAUUUAGAUCAUUUUGCCCCACGUGCCUCUUGUUUUUUGUUUUUUUUUGUUUUUUUUAGCUGCUCACGACCCUGCUAAGGUCUUACUAAGUCCACUUUUCAGAGGCUGCUGUCUUAACUAAAAAUGAAGCCACGUGUUUGAACUUGUAGCUAAAUGUGAUGGUUUAAUUCUCGUGUCAUUAAUCUCCUCCUGCCCCUAAAGCACAUUUUACUGUUGCAGAAAGUGGGACCUCCAGAAAUCAGGUGUAGACCUAGAUUCACAAUGCCCGUUUCUUUAUAUUCAUAUGUAAUUUGUCUUUGUUAAAUAUAGUAAUUGGGACAGCGAAUGCCCUUAUUUUAUGGGAUAUUAAUUAUGCACAAUAUCUAUGUCAAAGCGUUUUCAAAUUACUGUUUAAGUUGCACAUUUUCUACAGAAUGUUAUUAAAGGUGCACUGUGUGAGAGGUGCACUGGAAUGGUGAAGAAAGUGAAGAGAACGCACCUGUGAUUUGGUAGUUUAGGGGUAAAUGCUCAAUGCAAGUUACCAAGGCAACAAUACUGUAAGAAACCUGGAUUACUGACCCCUUGAGGUUGGAGUUUGUAUCUUUGAUCCUAUCACAAUUGUACAGGAGAGCGAUUCCAGGCUUGAUCAAAUUAUUGACUUAAUUUAUCUCAAAUCAGUACUAACAUGAGUUGAAUAAUUGUGUUGACCAACCAAUGCUGAUGAAAUAUUUGUUGAAAAAAUGCUUUACGAUGGAAGAUUUUGUAAAGGAAAUUUGAAGAAGUUUUGACAAUCAGGAUAUCCAACUGCUUUGUUUUGUUUAGUUUUUUUUAAUUAAUUUGAAUGUUUGCUUGUAUAAGACUCACCUGGUUGGGUUUUGUAUUGUAAGUAUUUAAAAAUUAGCUGGUGUGCUGCCCAAGGACUUGAUCUUAAAGAGAUUGCAGAGACAGCGGGUAUGUGUGUUACUGUUAUCUGGUGAUGGAAAUAGUGCUUACAUAAUAUUAACUAUGACACUUUUAAUGAUUCUGAUGAUUGUGUUCAGUGUGUGGACUCACUCUGGUGUGCCUGCUGCUGGAGGCUUGUGGGAAAUGUUUUAAAUGUACAAUAAAUGACAAAUGAUAAAA